AUGGAUUCUGUAACAAGACUGACCAGCGUUUUGUCUUUGGUGCUGUCUGGCUUGUGGCAUGUUGGAUUAUCAGCGACAAACUACAACUGUGAUGACCCAUUGGCCUCCUUCCUCUCACCGAUGGCUUUCUCCAGUUCCUCGGAUCUCACUAGAAGUUCCAGCUCAGCUCAACUGAAUGGGAGAAUGAGAACUGGUGGUUGGUCUCCAACAGAUUCCAGUGCCCAUCAGUGGCUGCAGUUGGACCUGGGAAGCAGAGUAGAGAUUACAGCAGUGGCCACACAGGGAAGAUAUGGGAGCUCUGACUGGGUGACAAGUUAUCGCCUGAUGUUCAGCGACACAGGGCACAACUGGCAACGGUACACGCAGGAAAACAACAUCUGGACAUUUGUAGGAAACAUGAAUGCUGACAGUGUGGUUCACCACAAGCUGCUACACUCCGUGAGAGCCCGCUUUGUUCGCUUUGUACCCCUGGAGUGGAAUCCAAAUGGAAAGAUUGGCAUGAGAGUGGAGGUCUAUGGAUGCUCCUAUAAAUCGGAUGUUGCUGAUUUUGAUGGCCAGAGCUCACUUUUGUACAGGUUCAAUCAGAAGACAAUGAGUACCCUCAAAGAUGUGAUCUCCCUGAAAUUCAAGAGCAUGCAAGGAGAUGGGGUUCUGUUCCAUGGGGAGGGACAACGUGGAGACCACAUCACCCUAGAGCUCCAGAAGGGCAGACUAGCCCUAUACCUGAACUUGGAUGACAGCCAAGCACGCCUCAGCAGCAUUGCACCAUCAGCUCUUCUGGGUAGCCUUCUAGAUGACCAGCACUGGCACUCAGUUCUCCUGGAGCGUGUGGGAAAGCAAGCAAACUUCACACUGGACAGGAACACACAGCACUUUCGGACCAAGGGUGAGACUGAUGCCCUGGAUAUCGACUAUGAGCUCAGUUUUGGAGGAAUUCCAGUACCAAGCAAACCUGGAACCUUUUUAAAGAAAAACUUCCAUGGCUGUAUUGAAAACCUUUACUACAAUGGAGUGAACAUAAUUGACUUGGCUAAAAGACGCAAGCAUCAGAUCUACUCAGGAAAUGUCACCUUUUCUUGCUCAGAAUCACAAAUUGUGCCCAUCACAUUUGUCAACUCCAGGAGCAGUUAUUUGCUACUGCCAGGAACCCCUCAAAUUGAUGGUCUGUCAGUGAGUUUCCAGUUUCGAACAUGGAAUGAAGAUGGUCUGCUUUUGUCCACAAAGCUGUCUGAAGGCUCAAGAACACUGCUACUUAUUCUAGAGGGUGGUACUCUGAGGCUCCUGAUUAAGAAAGUGGCAGGACAUGGAACUGAAAUCCUCACAGGCAGAAGGUUGAAUGAUGGCCAGUGGCAUUCUGUCAGCAUCAAUGCCAAGAGAAAUCGUGUUACUCUCACACUGGAUAAUGAUGCUGCAUCCCCAGCUCCAGAAACCUCCUGGCUACAAAUUUACUCUGGAAAUAGUUACUACUUUGGAGGGUGCCCUGACAAUCUCACCGAUUCCCAAUGCUUAAACCCCGUUAAGGUUUUCCAAGGCUGCAUGAGACUCAUCUUUAUUGAUAACCAGCCCAAGGACCUCAUUUCAGUUCAGCAAGGUUCCCUGGGGAGUUUUAGUGAUUUACACAUUGAUCUGUGUAGCAUCAAAGACAGGUGUCUGCCAAACUACUGUGAACAUGGAGGACACUGUGACCAAACCUGGACUACCUUCUACUGCAACUGCAGUGAUACUGGUUACACAGGAACCACCUGUCAUGACUCCAUCUAUGAGCAAUCCUGUGAGGUGUACAGACACAGAGGGAACACAGCUGGGUUUCUCUAUGUUGACUCUGAUGGCAGCGGCCCACUGGGACCACUCCAGGUCUACUGCAAUGUUACUGAGGACAAGAUCUGGAUGACAGUUCAGCACAACAACACAGAGUUGACUUGGGUACAGGUUUCCAACACUGCGAAGCCCUAUGCCAUGACCUUAAACUAUGGUGGGAGUCUGGAGCAGCUGGAGGCUCUGAUUGAAGGCUCAGAGCACUGUGAACAGGAGGUAACAUACUACUGCAGGAGAUCCAGCCUGCGUAACACACCAGAUGGAGCCCCAUUCACCUGGUGGAUUGGGAGGUCCAAUGAAAGGCAUCCUUACUGGGGAGGUUCUGUUCCUGAAGUCCAGCAAUGCGGAUGUAGCCUAGAAGAGGGCUGCCUGGAGAUGACAAAUGAUACUGGUUUUCUUUCCUUCAAAGAUCACUUACCUGUAACUCAGAUAAUUAUCAGUGAUACCAACAAAUCAAACUCAGAAGCAGCUUGGAGAAUUGGCCCCUUGCGUUGCUAUGGUGACCGACACUUCUGGAAUGCUGUCUGGUUUACUACUGAAGCUGCUUACCUCCACUUUCCUACCUUCCAUGUGGAAUUCAGCACUGAUAUUUCCUUCUUUUUUAAAACCACUGCUUUAUCUGGCGUUUUCCUAGAAAAUCUUGGCAUUAAAGACUUCCUCCGACUUGAAAUGAGCUCUCCUUCUGAGGUCAUAUUCGCCAUUGAUGUUGGGGAUGGUCCUAUCGAGCUCCUUGUCCAGUCUCCUUAUCCUCUGAAUGACAACCAAUGGCAUUAUAUCCAGGCUGAGAGAAAUAUCAAGGAGAUUUCAUUGCAGGUGGACAACCUUCCAAAGAGUAUGAGGGAGGCCUCAGAGGAAAGUCAUUUUCGGCUUCAGCUGAAUAGCCAGUUGUUUGUAGGAGGGACAUCAUCAAGACAAAAAGGCUUUCUUGGAUGCAUUCGUUCAUUACACUUGAAUGGGCAGAAAGUAGACCUGGAAGAGAGGGCAAAGAUCACAUUUGGAGUCAGACCUGGCUGUCCAGGUCACUGCAACAGCUAUGGAAGGAACUGCCAAAAUGGGGGCAAGUGUGUGGAGAAGCAUAUUGGCUACUCCUGUGACUGUACCAACUCACCAUAUGAAGGACCUUUCUGCCAGAAAGAGAUCUCAGCUCUUUUUUAUUCUGGCACCUCUGUUACAUACAUGUUUCAAGAACCAUACCCAGUGACUAAAAACCCAAGCCUCUCAUCUUCAGCUAUCUACAAAGAUGCAGCUCCAUCCAAGGAAACUGUCACACUGAGUUUUAUGACAGCACAAGCUCCUGCCCUCUUGCUCUACCUCAAUUUCUCUUCUCAGAAUUUUCUGGCUAUUCUGCUCUCCAGGAAUGGAAGUUUACAGAUUCAAUAUCGACUAAGCAAGGGAGAACAUCACAUGUUCACCGUUAGCACAGAGAAUCUGGCCAAUAGAAGAGUGCACCAGGUGAAGAUGAGCAGAGAUGGGCCAGAACUUUCCAUUCAGAUGGACCAGCAACUCUUCAGCUACAACUUCUCCCCAGAAGUAGAGUUCCAGACAGUGAGGUUACUCAUCCUAGGCAAAGCCACAGAGACUUUUGUGUUGGAUCCAGAAGUUGCUAAAGCAAAUACAUUGGGUUUUGUUGGAUGCCUUUCUUCAGUCCAAUACAAUCAUAUAGCACCAUUGAAGGCAGCCCUCCGCCAUGCCAAUAUUUCACCUGUGACUAUCCAAGGGACCUUGGCAGAGUCCAACUGUGACUCCAUGGUAGACUCUGAUGUGACUGGAGUGACUACUGUUUAUUCCUCAUCAGAUUCCUUUGGAAAGACAGAUGAGCGUGAACCACUAACAAAUGCAAUCCAGAGUGACUCAGCAUUCAUUGGAGGUGUCAUAGCAGUUGUGACAUUUAUCACUUUUUGUGUCAUUGGAAUCAUGACGCACUUCCUCUAUCAGCACAAGCAGUCACACAGUACCAAUCAGAUGAAGGAGAAGGAAUACCCAGACAACUUGGACAGUUCUUUUAGAAAUGACAUUGAUUUGCAAAACACAGCCGUUGAGUGCAAACGGGAAUACUUCAUCUGA